UUCCAUGGCCCUGGCUCCCCCUGUGCCGGCGCUAACGCGCUCUCUCUCUGGCAGACGUCUUUUUCCAGUCCCAACAAAGACCUCCCAGUGCCGCUGGGCGAGCUCCUGAGCUGGGUCUCCGACAUCAGCAGGUCGUGGAUGGGCUCGAGGGAGGCGGCAGCUGCUCGGCCGUGCUCACCAGCACAGUGUGGCUGGAUGUCCAUACCACCUCCCCUCAUCGCCGCCGUGGAGCCCGUCCCCCGCCCUGAGGCCGGUGGGACCGCGCCUGAGGACACAGGGACCUUCUCCCUCACCCUUUGCACUUGCCAGAGUCCCCGGCCAGAGACUGGGGCCACAGUGCCCGAGCAGCCAAUGGCCCGAGAAACACCCACAGGGUCACCACAGGGCCCCCACUCGCCCCACACAGUCCCUCCUCCCCAGGGAUGGCCUCGUGGUGUGGUGUCGGGCUCACUGCGGAUCUCCAAAACAUCUCCUCCUUCCCACCUGCUCUCAUCUGCCUCCUGUAAAUCCAGUCAUGUUACCCUCAGCCUCUGGUGUCAUUAUUGCUCUCAUUACCCCGUUUGGCUUUGCAUGAGGUGCCUCUGCGCGCAGCUCCAGGACAGUCCUCGCUCCCGGGGCCCCCCGCACCCCGACCAUCACUCACCGGGACAGGGGGGCUCCAUCGAUGACACAAUCACAUCUCUUUUUGGGGACAAAACACUAAACUUGUACAUACCACGAAGUGUCUGUAAAAGAGCAGUGUGGACCCAGGGCUCCCCUGCAAGGGCAGUAAAGGAGAAUCCUCUGAAACCAGCCGGCAGCUCUGCGUGAUCUG